UCUCUCUCUCUCUAACUCUCUUUGUCUUUCAAUUCCAGUAAGAGAAAUGGAGCUUGGUCUAAGCUUGGGAGACACCAAAAACCCAUUUGGAGCCACCACCACCACCACCAACCACCACCACCACCACCACAACAACGGCAACAACAAAGGAGGCUUAAGGUUAUGCAUGGCCUUGUCCAUCUCUCCAUCAUCAUCAAAUCAUCAUGUACAAGAAGAGGAAGAACAAGAUCAUCAACCUAUUCAACAGCUUCAACUCUUACCAAACACUCCUGUUCCUCGUACGGGAAGUGGUGGUGGUAAUGAAGUGGGUUCUUCUUCUUCAAGAAGGCUUGAUGUGAACAGGUUCCCAUCUCUGGCGGUGGAGGAGGAGGCGGAGGAUGGGGCGGCUAGAGUCUCCUCAUCUCCACCCAACAGUGGUGGGUCCUCUUUUCUGAUGGAUUUCUGCAUAUACACAGGAGGUUCUGAUCAGAACAAGAGGGUUAUUGUUAUUAAUGAUGAUGUUAAUAAUGAAUCAGGUGAUAUUCAUCAUCAGAGGGGUAGUGAUGAAGAUGAGAACGGCAACGCCAGAAAGAAACUCAGACUCUCCAAAGACCAGUCUGCUUUUCUUGAAGACAGUUUCAAAGAACACAACACCCUCAAUCCUAAGCAAAAACUGGCACUUGCAAAACAACUUAAUCUGAGGCCAAGACAAGUGGAAGUUUGGUUUCAGAACAGAAGAGCAAGGACUAAAUUGAAGCAAACAGAGGUGGACUGUGAGUACUUGAAGAGGUGUUGUGAAACAUUGACUGAAGAGAACAGAAGGCUACACAAAGAGCUUCAAGAAUUAAGAGCCUUGAAGUCCACAAACCCAUUUUAUAUGCAACUUCCUGCUACUACUCUCACUAUGUGCCCUUCUUGUGAAAAAGUAGCCACCACCACCACCACAACCACCAAUAGUACCACCAGACCCAGUUUGUUCCCAUUUUCUGCAAAACCAAACAGUCCCAAUAAUCCCCAACAAUCCAAUAAUCCUUCAUAGUUGAUAUCAACUGAUGUUGAUGGAGAUGGAGAUUAAUUUGUUUUUGAUGUGUAAAUAUAGGGCCUUUUUUUUGAUGGGUUUUGUUUAAUUUUCUUUAGGGGGGAUUUCAGUUUCUCUGCUUUCUUUCAAGAUUUUGUGAUGAGAGAAACCAGAAGGAAAACAAAAGAAAAGAAAAAAAAUUACUUGUCCCCCUAUUUUCCUUCAUUUUCUAGGAAAGUUAACUUGGAAUGGAAAAGAAAAUCAAAUAUUUCAUUUCA